AUGGUAGUUGGCAUAUGCAUCGCAACUGCCUUAUACUCUAUUUCAUUAUAUUUACCAACUGUAAUUAAUUCUAUGGGCCAUGAUUUAUUACAAAGUCAAUUAAUGACGGCUCCUCCAUAUUUUGUUGGAUGGUUCGUUGCGUUAGCUACCGCAUUACAUUCUGAUAAAGUUAAAGAAAGAAGUUUUCAUUUUAUUUUUGGAGGAUGUUUAGCUUUAAUUGGUUUUUUGGGGUUGGCAACAAUAGAAAACAAAAGUUUAUUAUAUGCUUCUACUUUUUUUUGCACUGCUGGUGUAACAACAAUUGUACCAAUUCAAUUAGCUUGGGUUUCCAGUAUAUUUUCUAAACCUCAUGAUAAACGUGCAAUUGCUCAAUCCAUGUAUAUUGCAUUUUCAAAUAUAGCAGGUUAUCUUAAUGCCAAAACUAUCACAAACUGUUUUCAUCAUACUGGCUUGUUUGAUUAUGAAAUAACUACCUCUACUCAUGAAGUUCACCCAAAUGAUAAAGAUUUAUCUGUUCUCGCAGAGUUGGAAGAAUCACUCAAAAUGUUAUCUCCUUGCCAUCCUAUGAGCCUUGCUCAUUAUACAAACCUACCAGAAGAGAUAGAUUUAGUACAUCAAGAAUUUACAGAUACUGACUUAUUAGCAUUAACAAUUCCAGAAACUGAUGAUGAUGCUGAUAGUAUAAAUAACAAUAAUUCUUCUUUUACUAUACUUUCAAAUUCUGUUAAAUUUGAUGCUAUACGUACUGUGAUUAGUCUUCUUGAUACAACUAUUUUUGACCACAAUGCUGUACUUAGAACAUUGCAUUUAUUGCAAUAA